GGGCCGGUCGGGACGGAGGAGACAAGAUGGCGCUGCGAGCGAUGCGAGGGAUCGUGAACGGGGCCGCGCCCGAGCUCCCCGUGCCCUCCAGCGGGCCUGUGGCGGGGUCUCGGGAGCAGGCGCUGGCAGUGAGCCGCAACUACCUCUCCCAGCCUCGCCUCACAUACAAGACAGUUUCAGGAGUCAAUGGUCCACUAGUGAUCUUAGAUCAUGUGAAGUUUCCCAGAUAUGCUGAGAUUGUCCAUUUGACAUUACCAGAUGGCACAAAGAGAAGUGGGCAAGUUCUCGAAGUGAGUGGAUCCAAAGCAGUGGUUCAAGUAUUUGAAGGAACCUCAGGUAUAGAUGCCAAGAAAACAUCCUGUGAGUUUACUGGAGAUAUUCUCCGAACGCCAGUGUCUGAAGAUAUGCUUGGUCGAGUAUUCAAUGGAUCAGGAAAACCCAUUGAUAGAGGCCCUGUUGUACUGGCUGAAGACUUCCUUGAUAUCAUGGGCCAGCCAAUCAAUCCUCAGUGUCGAAUCUACCCAGAGGAGAUGAUUCAGACCGGCAUUUCAGCCAUAGAUGGCAUGAACAGUAUUGCUAGGGGGCAGAAAAUUCCAAUCUUCUCUGCUGCUGGCUUACCACACAACGAGAUUGCAGCUCAAAUCUGUCGCCAGGCUGGUUUGGUAAAGAAAUCCAAAGAUGUAGUGGACUAUAGUGAGGAAAAUUUUGCAAUUGUUUUUGCUGCUAUGGGUGUAAACAUGGAAACUGCUCGGUUCUUCAAAUCUGACUUUGAAGAAAAUGGCUCAAUGGACAAUGUCUGCCUCUUUUUGAACUUGGCUAAUGACCCAACUAUUGAGCGAAUUAUCACUCCUCGCUUGGCUCUAACCACAGCCGAAUUUCUUGCCUAUCAAUGUGAGAAACAUGUAUUGGUUAUCCUAACAGACAUGAGUUCUUAUGCUGAAGCACUUCGAGAGGUUUCAGCAGCCAGGGAAGAGGUUCCUGGUCGGCGAGGUUUUCCAGGUUACAUGUAUACAGAUUUAGCCACAAUAUAUGAACGCGCUGGUCGAGUGGAAGGUAGAAAUGGCUCUAUUACUCAAAUCCCUAUUCUCACCAUGCCUAAUGAUGAUAUCACUCACCCCAUCCCUGACUUGACUGGAUAUAUUACAGAGGGGCAAAUAUAUGUGGACAGACAGCUGCACAACAGACAGAUUUACCCACCCAUUAAUGUGCUACCCUCAUUAUCACGGUUAAUGAAAUCUGCUAUUGGAGAAGGUAUGACCAGAAAGGAUCAUGCCGAUGUGUCUAACCAGCUGUAUGCAUGUUAUGCUAUUGGUAAAGAUGUACAAGCCAUGAAAGCCGUAGUUGGAGAAGAAGCUCUUACCUCAGAUGACCUUCUUUACUUGGAAUUUCUGCAGAAGUUUGAGAGGAACUUUAUUGCUCAGGGUCCUUACGAAAACCGCACUGUCUAUGAGACUUUGGACAUUGGCUGGCAGCUACUCCGAAUCUUCCCCAAAGAAAUGCUGAAGAGAAUCCCUCAGAGCACCCUGAGUGAAUUUUACCCUCGAGACUCUGCAAAACAUUAGCUGCUGUUUCAUCGCUGGCUCGAUACUCUUGUGACAUACUAGUUCUGUUUUCUUUAUUCCUUUUGCACUCUCCCACCCCCACCUUUGUGCUGGAGUUUACUGUGUUACCGUGUAAUUAAAAACAAAGAAUAGGUAACAUAUUGUGCCAGUGUUGCAAUGUUUUAAACUGCUAACAGAUUUAAAAAUAUCUCCUAUUCAGAAAACCUGGAUUUUCAGUGCUUUGUUUAAAGUAGCUGCCGGGGUGAAGGUGAGGUUUCCUUAUUGGUGUAUGUAUUUGUACAUAGUGGUGUAGUUACUUGCCUAAUAAUGUCCUUGUUAUUUGGAUCUCCUAGACCUUACCUUGAAACCCCCUCAAGAAAAUCAGUCUUUGAAGUUUAUGAUACUUUGAUCUCCAAAUUAGGGGCACAAUCAGGUCUGAAAGAUUCCACUUGGAAGAGCCAAGAGGGUCUUUCCUGCGCAGUGGUGUUCAGACUGCUGUGUACCUCCAGUCCUAUGCUGCUCUAAGCAGAUGACUUUUACUGUCCACCUGUUCUUUCUUAUUUAAUGAGUAGACUGGAAAAGGAGUUUCCUUUCCUCAUUUUUAUUUAUAUAUGAGUUCUGACUCCUGUGUCUCACUGUUCUCCCUCCCUCUGGGUAGCAGAAUCAUGCAGCUUUUAUACAGCUGGCAUGAUCUGAUGGUUGUGAGAUGCUUUUUCUUCUUGGGUUUCUGUGCAGAGGAAUCACAUAAUUAAAAUAAAUAGCAUUGCUUUGUAAGAGUUGGGGUACAAUAAAAAAUAAGGAAGGAAAGAAAACCUACAUCUGUUCUACAUUCUGACAUGCUAUCAGUGGGUAUAAAUUUCUAAAGUGUUUACCAGAUGCUGAAAGGCAAGGCGGAGAGGAGAAGGCUCUUCUGUUAAUGGGUAUUUUAAACUGAAAAAUCCUGUGUUUGGUUCUGCUUUCUGACCUGUCUUUGCCUUUUCAGGAUAAUCUUGUGGAACAAGUGAUAGUGUUUAAAAGCUUUAGCAUUUUAAUUCCUGUUCUCUCUGCUGUGAUCCCUAAACUGUCUUCCAUGCACUCCUGCCAUGUCUGCUCUUUUGACCUCUGUGCAAUAGCAGCUUCUCUACUCUGUGCAUUCCAUUUCUGAGAGUUGUGUAAAGUUCUUCACUUUAUUUCUCUAAGGGUGAAAGGGGUGGGGGUUGGGUCAGCAUGAUUAUAUUUUAAUGUAGAAGAUGUGACAUCUGGAUCAUACAAAAUGAAAAUAAAUGUUAUAUUAAAUGGAAGCUACUUAAAAUGACUCUGUAUCUUCUAAUUAGAAAAGCAGUAUACACAAGCAAAUAUAUAACAAUGCCUCUCGAUUCGCUCUGUUGAAUAUCAUAACCAGUAUGUGAGCUAACCCCCUGUGUUAUCGGAAUAUAGCCUAUAUUUUCUACUCUCUCACUCUUUCAGGCUGCCCUUUUAAGUUCUUUUCAGUAAUCUAUUCCAACAUAUGUAGUUUGAUUUAAGGUUUACUUACUACAGGUGUUCCAUAACAUUCUU